ACCUCUGCGAGGAGUCACGUGGGCUGCCGGGGCGGGACCAGACAGGCUGGAUAAGUUACUUCCGGGUCGUUGACAGAAGCUUGAACUCGGUGGGGUAGUUACUGGCGUGGUAGUCUUCCUUGCAUCUUCUUGUCUCAGCUCGAGAAAAUUGUGGUUUCUGCGAUGAGUUCCCAGAAAGGGAACGUGGCUCGUUCCAGGCCUCAGAGGCACCAGAAUACCUUUAGCUUCAAAAAUGACAAGUUUGAUAAGAGUGUUCAGACCAAGAAAAUUAAUGCAAAACUUCAUGAUGGUGUAUGUCAACACUGUAAAGAAGUUCUUGAAUGGCGUGUAAAAUACAGCAAGUACAAACCAUUAUCAAAGCCGAAAAAAUGGUACUGGAAGUACAGCCAGUUAAAAGACUGUCCCCUUCCUCAAGCAAUUGUUAAAUGUUUACAAAAGACAGUGAAGGAUUCUUAUCACAUAAUAUGUAGACCGUGUGCCUCUGAACUUGAAGUUUGUGCCAAAUGUGGAAAGAAAGAAGACAUUGUUAUCCCGUUUAAUAAAGAACCAGAAAAGACAGAAAAUAUUGAAAAUAGUCUACGUUCCAACCACAGAAGAAGGGGCCAAAGAAAUGAAGAGAGAGAUGAUGAUUUAGAUUUUGAUAUUGAUUUAGAUGACAAUGACAAUCAAAUGGAUUAAUAUAAUCAUGUUAAAAGUUUGAAAACAUGAAAUUCUGAACAACUUCAAGGUUUUAAAAAAAACAUAUUGUGGAAUCCAGUAAGGAAAUUGGAAGAACCUAUAGAAAAUAGGCAAAAUUUAUAAAUGAACAGUAUGAAUUGUGUAUGAUACUUGAAUAAUGAUAAAACAUUAAUCCGGAGUUUUCUUAUAAUACAUUUUAUUUAUUUUUUAUUUCUUUUUACUUGUACAAUAAUCAUCACAACAAAACUUUAUAACAUUUCCAUCCUAAACCCUCAGUGCAUCCCUCCACCCACUUUUUUUUUUUUUUUUUUUUUUGUCUUUUUGCCAUUUCUUGUGCCGCUACUGCGGCAUAUGGAGUUCCCAGUCUAGGGGUCGAAUCGGAGCUGUAGUCGCCGGCCUACACCAGAGCCACAGCAAUGUGGGAUCUGAGCCACGUCUGCGACCUACACCACAGCUCACGGCAAUGCCGGAUCCUUAACCCAAUGAGCAAGGCCAGGGAUUCAACCCGCAACCUCACUAGUCGGAUUCGUUAACCACCGAGCCAGGACGGGAACUCCAUCCACCCCACUUCUUAUAGUACAUUUUAAAGUAGCAUGUGUGAAUAUAUCUGCCACAGUGAGUAUGAAUUUCAUUGGAAUUUUUUAGAAGAAUAUAUUAUCUAAUAUCAAACUAAGCAAGAUUCAGAAUUAAUGGUUGUAUGAGACUAUUUCAUGGGGGAAUUCCCCUCAUGGCUCAGUGGUUAACGAACCUGACUAGUAUCCAUGAGGAAGAUCCAGCGUUGCUGUGAGCGGUGGUGUAGGUUGCAGAUGUGGCUUGGAUCUGGUGUUGCUGUAGCUGUGGUGUAGGCCAGCAGCUGUAGCUCCGAUUUGACUCCUAGCCUGGGAACCUCCUUAUGCCGCGGGUGCAGCCCUAAUAAGACAAAAGACGAAAAAAAAAGAAGUAUCUCAUGGAAAAAUCAGAUAACAUUAUGUCAUUGGCCUCAAAAAUUGGUCCUCAAGAGGUACCUUUUGAUAGAUUUACCUCGGGUAAAUGUCCCACAUAACAAAAGCCCCCUUGUUUACACUUGCUUGUUUUAAAGCAAAAAGUUUAUUUUUUCCUAUAAUAAUGUUUAGCAAGUAUAUAGUAAUUUUUCUUUGAAAGUUUUUAUAUAUCUUAUUGCAUCAUUUUUACCAUUUUUCUUUUGUGAAAUACACAUGAAGAAAAAAUGCUUAAAAUCUCUAUAGUUUAAUAACAUCCAGCUGAAUAAAUUACUCUUAUACAAUAUAAAUUAGCUUUGUCUGAUUUUUUUUUUCCUAUUUUUUUUAUUUUGAAAAAUCUCAGACCUAAAGUAGCAAUGUGGUACAGUGAAGCUUUGUAUAUUCUUCACUUAGAUUCAUAGUUGUUAACAUUUUGCCACAUUUUCUUCAUAUUUGAGUAUAUAUGGAUAUAUACAUAUAUAUUUGUUUUGUUUUACUGGACCAUUUUCAGAUAAGUGGCAGGCAUUGGUUUUGAGCUUUAUGUGAACAGACUUAUGCUAUGCAUGUUAAUUUGUAUCUCAUUUCAUUAUUAUGAGAUUUGUGAGCUUAACCUAUGUUGUUACAGUAACUCUAAUUUGUUAACUUUACAUUUCUUUGUUAUAUUCUAUUCUCACACCACAAUUUAUUUUUAUUAUUGAGGGACAUUUGAGUUAUUUCCAAGUUUUCCUGUUACAAACAAUAUUGUGUAUUUCUUGGUAUGGAUAUCUUGUUUCUGGCUACAUUAGGUGUAUCUACAGUGGUAGAGGACAUCAGGUAGAUGCAUCUUCAUUAUUAAUAUAUAAUGCCAAGCUGUCUUUCCAGAAGGAUUUGUCUUCCUUCCCUGUAAUGAUGUAUUACAGUUCCUGCGCUCUGCACCCUUUCCAACACUUAGUAUCAGACUUUAAAAUUUCUGUGAAUUUGGUAUGUGUGCAAUUUGUCUUUGUCUUAUUCAUUUGUAUUUUUUUAAAUUACUAAUAAGCUUGAGCCCUUUUUAAUAUUUACUGACUAUUGGGUUUGGGGUAAGAGAUGAUAUUAUGGAAUCAUUUUGGUAAAACAUAAUAAUGUUAUUAAAGAAAUGCAUAUUGAACUA